GUCUUUUGGAUUUGUAAGGAUUAGCGGAGCCAUGUCACAGAUGUUGCACAUAGAAAUUCCCAACUUUGGGAAUACUGUCUUGGGCACCCUGAAUGAGCAGAGGUUGCUGGGGCUCUACUGUGACGUCUCCAUUGUUGUGAAAGGACAAGCUUUCAAGGCACAUCGGGCUGUCCUGGCUGCCAGCAGUCUCUACUUCAGAGAUCUGUUUAGUGGGAACAGCAAAAGUGCUUUCGAGCUCCCUGGUUCGGUGCCCCCUACUUGCUUUCAGCAAAUCCUUUCCUUUUGCUACACGGGGAAGCUAACCAUGGCUGCGAGUGAACAACUUGUUGUCAUGUACACAGCAGGUUUCCUCCAGAUCCAGCAUAUUGUGGAGAAGGGAACGGACUUGAUGUUCAAAGUGAGCUCUCCGCACUGUGAUUCCCAAACCACCAUGAUAGAAGAUCCCAGCUCAGAACCACAAAGUCCUUGUAAUCCAUUACAGGCCCCUCCUGUGCCCUGCGUCAUGUCUCCUUCCAUGCCCAUCCCACUACUCACUCGGAUCAAGCAUGAAAAUCUGGAGCUGCAGCCCACAGCGACGCCAGGAGCAGCCACCAAAAGGUCCCUGGAGGCCAGUCUGCGGGACACUACUGGCGGGAGCUCCUCCAGCACAGCUUCUCUGAAGUUAUCUCGCGUUUCUUACUAUGGGAUGCCCAGCCUCGCCACUCUUCUCCCAACCAUCCCACCAGUACAGUACUCGCAGGGGGAGCGGACCAGCCCUGGGAGCAGCAGCAUCCCGACGACCGACAGCCCUACAUCCUAUCACAACGAAGAGGAUGAAGAAGAUGAUGAAGCUUAUGAUACCAUGGUGGAAGAGCAGUACGGGCAGAUGUUCAUCAAAUCCACAGGUGGCUAUACAGGACCUCCAGAGAAACCAGAACAGGUGCCCCUAGAGAGCCGCUCCUGUGUACUUAUUCGACGAGACUUAGUUGCUCUACCUGCGAGUCUGAUCAGUCAAAUUGGAUACCGGUGCCAUCCAAAACUCUACUCAGAAGGAGAUCCUGGAGAGAAACUUGAACUUGUUGCAGGUUCCAGUGUUUACAUCACCAGAGGGCAACUGAUGAACUGUCAUUUGUGUGCAGGUGUGAAACACAAAGUUCUUCUGCGGCGCCUACUGGCAACAUUCUUUGACAGGAACACCCUGGCCAACAGCUGUGGAACAGGGAUCCGGUCUUCCACCAGUGACCCCAGCAGGAAGCCCCUGGACAGCAGGGUGCUCAACGCGGUGAAACUGUAUUGUCAGAAUUUUGCUCCAAGUUUCAAGGAAAGUGAAAUGAACGUCAUUGCUGCUGAUAUGUGCACAAAUGCCCGACGAGUUCGCAAGCGCUGGCUUCCAAAGAUCAAGUCCAUGCUGCCAGAGGGGAUGGAGAUGUAUCGCUCCGUUAUGGGUUCCACCACCAACAGUGUCCCUUUGGACCCUGAAUUCCAGCCCUCUACUGUUCAAAUGUUUGAGCAACGCAUCUUUGCAGAAAGGAGGAGUGAUUCGGGAACAAUUGUGGCGUUGAGAACUAGCACUGCAACUGCAGACCAGAACAACGGAUCCAGCCCAUUGUUUGAGCCAAGUGAUGAUGCUGAAGGGGCCGGCUCUGUCAUUCAGGAGUCGGCUGUCCCUGAGUCGGUGGCUUCAGAUAGCCAAAGCACCACACAGCCUUUUGAACAAGGAUCUGGUUCCACCAGCCGGCCAGAAACUCCUGGCAGACGGCAGGAAGGUACAUAUGGAGGGACUUUAUGAAAAAGAAGAUAGCACUGGGCUUGACCUAUAUAAUACUAAAAAGCUGCUUGCAUGCAUUAUUAAUACAAAAAUGUGAUCCAACCAUUUACCUACUGACCCGCUACUGUUGCCUGAAAAAAAUGUGAUUUUUAAAAUUCUGCUCAUGUUUAAGAUUUAUGAAGGAAAUAUCACAUUCGUUAUACUGUAGCAACUCUAGGUCUAAGGCAACCUGCAUAUGGAGAACAAAGCAAAUAACCGUCAGCACCUCCUUUUUUUUGAAGUCAGUCUAGAGAUUGUAGCAUUUUCUUUCCAACAAGGUAGAUAAUCUCCUCCUCCCCCAUUAUCACUACCUUUAGCGGCCCGUCACCGUCAUUCCACAUCAAUGCCGCGUUUUCACCAGGGGAUGAGGGCACAAGCACGCAGCCUCCUCCCUUGUGUUAAGUGGGGCUUGAAGAAGAAAAGGAAUGGACUGGUUAGCGCGCAAACCCUAAACACUUCCGUGUUGCUAAGCACGAUGCUGGACCAAGCUCAGAGGUCCUGAGAGUGUCAGGUGUUGUUAGAGGGGGCGGGGGGGGGCGGGGCGUGUUUUUGCAUGAGUUCAUUGUAUGUUUUAUUUCAUUAGUGGCAAGGAAUAACUUCAGGCACAAUAUUUUUGGAAAUCUAUCCUGUGCAAGAACCGUUGAACAGAAUGUCCAGACAUACCCCCCCCCCCCCCCAGUAGCUGGUGACUGAAAUUAUUUGGGCUAAUAAAACCAUCUGAUUUCAGACCUCGGAACGUGCUUCUUAAGGGUAGUGUGUAGGUUAAGGUUGCCAGCCCCCCAACUUAAAAUGGGGGGGAUGGGUGGCAGCAGGUGGGUGGCAGCCUCCAAGCCGUGCUUCUCAUGCAUGUGCGCUCCAGCGGCCCUCUGGCCCACUUCUAAACUUGGAAGCAACAGAGGCUCUUUGGGGCCAAAUUGGCUUCAAAUGUAAAAUUGUUACUAUGUUUGGGGCCAGUAUGGCCUUGCUGAGACCCCAAAGUUUCCAGUUUUAAACCAGAAGUGACGUUAUCAGGGCCUCCUGAGCAUGCACCAUUUCACCACAUGCUCCAGGGCUCCCGGCCUGCCUCCCCCCUCAUCUCCCCCACUGGCCUGGUGAGCAGGGCCAGGGGGUGAAAUGUGGGGGGAUGGGAUUCCUAGUUGGAAUGCACUUAUUCAGAAGCCUUCCCUGGCAGAAGAGGGAAUGUAGGAGAUGUAGUUAGCAUGAACAGAACAUGCUUCAGUCUUCAGCUAUUAUUUGAAUUUUCUGAAGAUGGGAGGGAGAAGCUCCCUCUAGAUAGAUCGAUGAAACAGGCCAUCCCGGGCAAAGAAUCCGGGGUGGGAGAGUCCAGCCAGCCCAGCCCUGCAGCAUCACUGAGAUUCUGACACCCGGAGGAGAAGGCAGUUUGUUGAGACCCCGUUGAGCACACACCCCAGGCCAGCUUCUGUGCUGACCCGCCUCUCUCAGUGCCUCCAUGUCUUCCAUGCUUUCAUCCCCUGCCCUCAAGCUCUGCCAUCAUGCACAGGAAAACCUGUCUCAGGAAAGGUUGUGGACAAAGCAGAUGUGGGAAUUGUGUGCGUAGGCUAAGUUGCAGCUGGCUUGUGUGCAUGUGAUGGCUGGGGGCCUCUGGAAGGAGGACAGUCUUCUUUUCUCUGCUGAUUUUGGAGAUACUUCUAGUUAGCAGUCUAAUUUCUGAUUAGAUCAGAGGAACUCUGCCAUGUCAGUAAACUUCUUUGGGAUCCUUUUUCCAGACGUCCCAAUGCAUGUACAAGUUGUUGGGCUAACGUGUGCCUCUUGGCUGCAUUAUAGACUCGAUGUGUAUUUCUAAGGCCAUAAAUCCUGGGUUGUUGUUACUCAUUCACUCAGUGUACUUUCACAGAUAUGCAGAACAACUAGAACAACCAAACACAAAAUUGCAAGAAAGGGGAGUUAUUCCUCCUUUGCCUGGUUUUUUAGCUGUGUGUCUCUGGUGAGCUUUGCAUUGGGCUCUUCCCCGAAACUUCUGGCUUCAUUCCCAGCCCUCUUCAGUGCUCUGUUUCCCAAGUAUCAGAAUUUUGGCUUCACAAGGUCACCGCUCGAAUCCAGCCAUGCUCCGUGCCUGUGAAAUGCUCAGUUUAAAUCCUCGUCUCUAAUGUGGCUGAGGAGCCUGCAGACAAAGGCUGCAGCACGAGGCUUGCUUGGUGAAGAGUUCGGUUGUGCUCCUCCAGGUAGGACCUCUCUAGUCAGGACUAGGGGGAGCCAUGGACGUGCCGGGUGCUCGUUCAGUGACUGCGAUGGCAGGUGGACUGAACUGCACUGAGUUGGGGAUGCCUUUCAGGUUCAGGGGCUUGGGGGGGGUGCCUUUGGAAAGGCUUGAUGAUUCCUGCUUGAAGUCCAGGGGUAGGAGAUGUGAUCUCUGAAUAGGGCCAAGAGCACAACGAAGAGUAAAAAGAUUUGGGAUUUUGCUUUUAGCAGGGAAGUCCUUGGCAUAAAAAUUUCCUUUUGCAUAAAAAAUGCUGAGGUGUCAGAGGCAGUUCUUGAAAUACUUGAAACUCCUUUCUUACUAAUUUCCUACCCCCUGAAUGGAACAACUAGACUGGCACCUGUUCCAUCCUCGGUGGGAAUAAUUUCAGAAUCUUCUGAUUAGGAUGAGAUGGGCUCUUCAAGACUUCUACAGGAGAAGGAGCAAGAGGUGGGACUUCAUACGCAUUUGUUUUGAGGAGCGCAAAGGGUGGUCCUCUUUCCAUGAGGUGGCCUCUAGAACUGGGAUAGCCUUCAUAGCACAGGAUUGCAUUCCUGCUGGCGACGAUCAGCUUCUCUUGGCUUUUCCCGAAGUUAGAAUUCUGCCCUGCAUUCAAGGAACUUUCCACGCUUCUCCUUGUUUGCCACUUGCUUGGUCUCAUCCUCUGAAGAUUGGCCUUUUCAUCUGGAUAGUCAAGGUCACAUAGAAAUAAUGCCCCCUCCUCCCAAGUCCAUAGCACCUUUGUUCUGUGCCUAGGCUUUAUUCCAGAAAAUACAUUUGUUGGUGUUAAAUUUUAGGUGUGCCCGCUUCAGCUGGAGGCCCUGGAAAUGACCAUCACUCUGUGGCUUUGUGCUCUCCUCACAUGCUUACUAUGCCAAACUGGAUCAGCCAGCUCUUUGGCUGAGAGAGAGCAGGAAGGUGGACCAUGUCUCACCUUGCUUUGCCCAGCUGUUGGGAGCCUCUCGGCCCAGUGCAAGCUUAAAGAGGCCUGCUGAACUGCAGCCUUGAACUUCAUUUUGAGGAGGAGACCAAGAGUUCUUGUCUCUUUUGGGGGGAAACCAGUGAUGGGGUUUUCUUCUUGGGCUCUGCUCAAAGUAAUUGUAGUCUAAAUUGCACUUGCUGUACUGGAGGUCCUGGAAUACAAAAAAGGACAAAAAGGAAUACUUGAAUGGUUAGAAAAGAACACCUGAAGACAGCUUCACGUUGCACAAUUAAAAUGUAUUUUUUAUAUAGAGCACAGUAUCAUAUACAUUUUUGUUUAGGGAUGGGUUUUUGCUUUAGUUGGAUUUUUUUUGUUCAUUUCUUUUUACUUUAUCUUUAGAAAAUCAAGAACUGUAGGUGAACUUGAAAAUGUGAAAGGCUUGUUUGGAGGAGGGGGGGACUUCCUUAUCUUCCAGAUGAGGGCUAGUUUUUGCACUAAACCUGUUCUGUGUGUGGAGGAUUUGUGACAGAUUUCAGAGACAGCUGUGUGGAUCAUGAUUGUAUCCUUCCAAAGGAGAGGGAAGAUUGUUAAAAAUAAACCCUUGGAAAUAAAGAAUGUAAUGUUAAAAUGAAGCCCAUAAGGGUCAGGGUUUCCUGAGUGCCUUAGCCUUUUGGGAGUGCUGGUUUUCCUCGAGGGGGUGGGGGAGAACUGAUAAAAGAAUAUCAGAUCACAGGAAAUCCACUCCUCCUCCCCCCCCACUUCCCCUCCUUUGUUUACAAUACUGUGAGAACUAUCACUAGAGUUUGGGAGCUGCUUUCUAACUGUAAUAAUACAUAAUGUGAAAUGGCAUUCCUCUAGACCUAACAUAGAUGCAACCAGAAGCAUAAGUAUGUAUAGUAUGUCUGCACCUUUAUUCUUAAUGCUUGACUAUUAGCAAUAUUACAUGUGUAUAUUAUAUAUCUCUGAGUAAUAUUAAGCACCUUUUUAAAGAGAGAAAAUUAUAAAACAAAUCUUGAAUGGGUUUAAGAGUUGCUACAUGAUAGCAUAGGGAAUGACCCCUCUCUCCUUUCUUUCCUUUUCUGGAAUGGAAGCACCCCAAAUUUUGCCGUUGCUUUGUAGGAUAGCAUGGCUUUUGAAGGCCGCUUUAUCUAGUCCAUGGUUGAUAUAGCGCAAUUCCAUGGUUAUUCCCUCAAAACAAAAUAUGGAGCACAAAACAAUUCCAGAAAUGUAAUUUCACUGCAAAGAUUCAAUAAUGUAAGCCAUACUUUUGUCAUUUUUUUUCUGCUGGAGACCUUUUGGCCAUUCCUUUGCCAGCUUUUCUCUUCUUUAUUUGGACUGAAGUUUCUCGUGGUCAUUGAGGGGAUCCGAGCUAUGGAGAAAACCUCUGCUGCCCACAACUUCCUGUUGUUCCAAUGCUUGGAAGUCCACAUUAGACAGUGGUUUUGUCCACCUGGAAACUGUGGUGCACCUGUCCCCGUUCUGGCUUCCCAGAAAUGUCCUCUGCACAACUGCAGCAUUUUGAUUUCUCUCUCUCAUUCUAAUUGUGUGCGAUAAAGCAUCCUGCCUAGAAAUUGAAUUUAUAAUCAGAUAUUGAUAGGAGUGUUGCUCUGACUUGCCUUAGGUUGCCAUUCUUGCUCAGUGUGUCCUUUCCUGAGACUUUAUUGGCAUUCCUAUAAGGGAAUAAAUUUACGGCUUUUUCUUGCACCUUCUUCCUUGCUGCCGAGCUGUGCUUUAACUCGGGAAGCAGGCCGUUAAGGCCUUUCAGUGCAACAUUUUAAAAAAAAAUAACAUUCAGCAAUGCAAAACUGGGAACUAAUCCCUAUUUAGAACUCCUUAAAAGAGCCACAGCAAGUCUGAGCAUGGAACGUCUGCAGAAGACAAAUGCUUUCCCACAUAGUUUACUACAAAGGCUUCUUCUUUAUUCGAAAGACUCUUUGUCUGGGAAUGGCUGUUAGACAAUUGAACACGGAGUCCUGCUUUGUCUGAACUGCAAAGUUCAAAUGCCAGGUGGAAGUUCCGGAGGUGUCUUGGGCAACAGCUACAUUGCCAAAGUGUUGCAGCCUCGUGCAGUGUCCUUUCCAGCCUGCUUGGGCUGUUCCAGCCUGUGAUGGUGCAGUGCCCACAGUAAGGUGGCCAGGAUGUGAAAUAGUGAUGUGAGAAUUAGUGUAAAGAUCGGUGCCCAGCAUUUCCAGUUUCCCAUGACAAUGGAGCUGCAGAAGCCCCUGGAAGGGAAGGCCUGUGCCCGGUGCUGAGCCACAAGAGAGGCCUAGGCCACUGGGCAGCACCUCUGUUUGGGCAAGGAGAUUCUGGCUUCUGAGCCAGUGUUGUGCAAAGGACUUGCCGUGUCUCCUGUCCUCACAGCAGAGCUGCCUUUGUAGUGAGAACAGUGAACAGUGAACAGUUCUCUCUCGUCCCCAAAGAUAUUCAGAGCUUGAGAGGAGAAAUUGCUGACAUUUCUACAGUCCUCUACCAGAUGUUUUUCAGAUGAUUCAGUCAGUUUCUUCCGCCCUAUAUUUUUUGCACUUUGGUGACUUUUGUGUAUGAGAUCGAGAGAAAAAAAGCCAAAACUUGCAAUACUGUUUUAAGUGACACAAAUUAUACAGAGAAAUAGACUAAGCAUAAAUGUACAAAUAUUUUUGACUUGAAUGUUUGGAUGGCACUUGAUUCAAAUAAAGCAUUAAUAUUUUGAAUUGCCUGAGAAAAGUCAUAAAAGAAGAAGACUGUUCUGUGUUGAACUGCUCUAUAGUACUGUAACUUUCGACUGUUAAGACAAGACUCCAGCACUGGAAGAAUGACCUUCGUAGUGCUGGAGAGUUCAGCUACAAAAUAUGGCUACUUAUGCAUUUGUUGUUGGUAUGUGCCACUUCUCGUCUCUGCUUAGGACUGUUACUUUGCAGCCAUGGCUGACAUCUAGGUCUGUCUGUAACCGAAACAGAGGAAUGGGGCGGGGGGGGGGGGGGCUGCAAAGGCUUCUCUUCAUGCCCCAUUCCCAGGAGUUCAAAGUGUGCUCAUAGCUGUUUCAUAAAAUGAAAAAAAUCCAUUUGAAAUGUGAUCAUUAAUGGCAAAAUGCCUUGUAAAAUCCACAUUUACAAAAUAAU